UCCAAUUUACCUUCCCCAGCGUAACGGAAAGAAACCGAAGACGAGCUGUCCCCUUCCCCCAAAAUUUGCAGAAACCCUAAUUACGCCAAUACAUUUCCAUCUCUCGAUUAAAUCUCGAAAUUAAGAGGGAACCAGUGGAGAAACCCUUGCAAAAACCUCAUUAUUCACGGUGAUUGGAGCUGUGAAGAUGAAGCGAUCCGUGAUAUUUCUUUUGUUGUUAAUGGUAACGCUGUCGUCGAUAAGCAGAAGAGCUAUUUCGAGGUUAGAGGUGUCGCCUGCCUUCUUGCCCUCCUCUGCGAAUCGGAAAAUUACCAGUCUAUUCAACUCUCUUUUGCCUCCGAAAGUAAAUACAGCACUCGUAGCUGCUUUGGAUGGAACAGUGUAUUUGAUGGAUAAUACAGGGAAGAUCCACUGGUCCUUCCCAACAGGCGCACCAAUUUAUUCAUCUUAUCAGGCUCCACUUAGCGAGGAUCAGUGGGAUAGCCCAUCUGAUCUUAGUUAUGAUUCCUAUGUGGAUGUUGGAAAUGAUUGGCAACUGUAUGAAUACAGCAGGAGGGGUGGUAGAGUAAUAAAGAAACUCCUGCUGAAUGCUGAAGACUAUAUUAGAAGAGCACCGCAUGUAUGGGAAGAUGGAGGAGUCACAAUGGGGCAAAAAAGAUCUACUGUGUUUGUUGUUGAUUCCAAGUCUGGAAGAAUGCUCCACACUUACAGCUUGAAUGAUAUCUCCUACAAUGCUGUUCCUGUAGUGAAUAAUACUGAAAAACUGGGGUUUGGUUUUGAGGGCUUGAAUACAGUUAGGAAACUGAUUUACUUUACGAGGACAGACUAUGUGCUGCAACAUCAUGAUCCAAGCUCCGGAAAAGUUCGUUGGAAUGUUGCAUUCGCAAAUAUUGAAGCUGAAAGCCGUUGUUGGGGGAUUAAUAAUUCUUCUGAUUUGCUUUCUCAUAAUUCUGGCAAUGCACUUGUUCCAGAGUACAUUGGGGACAUUGAUUUCCCACUGCCUUGUCAUAAGAGGGUCAAUGUCCAUCAAAUUCGUGAUUAUAGGUCAUUAGAGUUUGAUAGAAUUGCAAUUACUCAUCAUGGAGGUGCUCUGCCUGACCCAUACCAGAGCCUUUCCUUGGGACCUGCUGAUACAUUUCCAUUGGUUAUUCGUAACAACGAGGAAAAGUUUCCAGAAUUGGGUCAGCCGUCAAUUAGUCUUCAUGGUGAUGAAUUAAAAUCUCUACCAGCUCCAUAUGACCUCCUUCCUUUAGAGCCUGUUCAAAAACAUCCACUGAAUUAUGGGCUUGUGCCUGCUUUGCGCAUGUCUGAGGCUAAGGGCCCUGUUCCCAUGAUCAAUGGUGAUGAAGCCGAUAACAUCACAGGCUUGCCUGCUGAAAUCACGACGAAGUCUCAUCUUUGGUAUGUUAUUUCCACCAUUUUGUCCAUUUUGGGCUUCAUUUUUUACCAAUGUUUAGCUUUUCAAAAAUGGGGUAAAUUCUUCAAAUCUGCUGAGGAAGUUAAGGUGCAAGCUGGAACUUCCAAGAAGAAGAAAAAUCGGAAAUUUGUAAACAACAAGAACAGUCCCAGUAGUCAGAGAAAAGACAAAUUUAUCUCACUAGAGAAUAAGGUGGGAGAUACCAGUGGACUUCUGAACGGUGAAGGAGAUGAAGGGAAAUUGCUGCUGACCUUCACUGACCUCAUUGAUGGUCGUGUAGAUGGACGUAGAAUUGGUAGAUUAUUAGUUUCUAACAAAGAAAUUGCUAAGGGUAGCAAUGGUACUAUUGUACUCGAGGGAAUUUAUGAUGGUCGUGCAGUCGCUGUGAAACGCCUUGUGCGUACUCAUCAUGAUGUAGCAUUAAAAGAGAUUCAAAAUCUUAUUGCUUCUGAUCAACAUCCAAAUAUCGUUCGAUGGUACGGGGUGGAGUAUGAUCAAGAUUUCAUUUAUCUCGUCUUGGAGCAUUGCGAUUGUAGUUUAAAUGAUUUGAUUUAUGCAUACUGUGAAUCAUUUGAAAAUCGAAUCACAAAGGAUGAGGAUUCCAACUUGAACGGGUAUUCUGUCCGAUUGCAUUCGAUAGUGGAAGACAAAAGGGAUUUUGAACUGUGGAAGGCAAAUGGUUAUCCUUCACCUCAGUUGUUAAAACUCAUGAGGUAUAUUGUUUCCGGACUCGCCCAUUUGCAUGAACUUGGCAUUAUACAUCGGGACUUAAAGCCUCAAAAUGUCUUGAUUAUCAAAGAGAAAUCUUUACGUGCGAAACUUUCUGAUAUGGGUAUUAGCAAGCGCCUCGCUGGGGACAUGUCGGCAUUGACCCAGCAUUCCACUGGCUGUGGGAGUUCAGGUUGGCAAAGCCCAGAACAACUUCUCCAAGGACGCCAAACACGCGCUCUUGACCUGUUUAGUUUAGGCUGUGUUCUCUUUUUCUGUAUUACUGGCGGGAAACACCCUUAUGGUGACAGUUUUGAGCGUGAUGUGAAUAUAGUGAAUGACAGGAAAGAUCUAUUUCUAGUGGAGAAUAUUCCUGAAGCUGUGGAUCUUAUCGCUCGUCUCUUGGAUCCAAUUCCAGAUUUCAGGCCCAAGGCCCAGGAUGUGUUGCAUCAUCCCUUAUUUUGGACUUCUGAAAUGAGACUCUCGUUUCUCCGAGACGCUAGUGAUCGAGUAGAACUGGAAGACAGGGAGGAUGGAUCUUUACUCUUGAAUGCAUUAGAGAGUACGGCGACAGUGGCUUUGAAUGGGAAAUGGGAUGAAAAGAUGGAGCCUGCUUUUAUUAACAACAUUGGUCGUUACAGGCGCUAUAAGUUUGAUAGUGUUCGGGACUUGUUACGGGUCAUAAGGAAUAAGUUAAAUCACUACAGGGAACUUCCUCAGGAAAUACAGGAAUUAUUGGGGCAAGUUCCUGAAGGAUUCGACAGCUACUUUUCUAGCCGAUUUCCGAAACUAUUGAUCGAGGUUUAUAAGGUAAUGUUCAUCUACUGUGAAGAGGAGGCAUUCUUUCUAAAAUACACAAGUGGUCUAACUUAAGCCAACCUUGCCCAGUAGCCCAGUAACCCAGAUGAGGUGGACAUAAGUUUGUAUAUUAUAGACAUUGUACCAUAUUGACAUGUUUAUUUGGUGUACUAAAGUGGCAUACAGAUGAUAGUGUUUUUAGCUCCUUGAAGAGAGAGUCUUCUGCAGUUAAAGCACUAUUUGUACCCAGGGCAAUGUAUUCAAAUCUCUGUUAUUACAUUGUAAUUCAGGUUCAUGGACAUGCUUUCAAAGUAAGAAUGCAAACAAAUGUUUAGCCUU